AUGUCGACGUCUUCAUCAGUUCCCAAGCCUGAAAUUACACGUGAUGCUAUUAUUUGUGACUGGAAGGUAAUUCGUAAAAUAGGUUCUGGAGGUUUUGGUGCCGUAUACGAAGUGGAAAAGGAUGGAGUACGUGCAGCGCUGAAAACUGAAUUUGUCGAUCAGACCGGUGAACGAAGUGAAACGCUGAGAAAUGAGGUGAUGCAGCUUCGUGUAAUGCAGUGGUCUUCCCAUUUCUGCCGGCUAUACUUGGCGUGCCGCGUACGAUGCGGAAAAUCUGUGGUCAACAUUAUGAUUAUGAGUCUUGUGGAACGACCGCUAUCACGACUUCGUCGCAUGACACCUUAUUCUCGCUUCAGUCGCUCGACUGCCGUGAGGUUAUCUCGCCAAUGUCUUGAAGCAAUUCACGAUCUUCAUCGUACUGGUAUACUUCAUCGAGACAUCAAAGCCAGUAAUUUUGCCUGGUCAUCGGAACGCAUCGUCUACUUGCUUGACCUUGGCUUUUGCAGAAGAUUUUUGACGUUCAACGAACAGGACGAGAUGAAACAUCGAGCCCCAAGGAAAAAGGUGGCUUUCCUUGGAACCAGCCGGUACUGCUCACCUAACAUGCACAAAAAGUUGGAUCAAGGACGAAGGGAUGAUCUCUGGGCAUGGCUUUACAUGACUGUUGAAUUCAUGGCAGGCAAACUCAUAUGGCGCAACGACGAGGAUAAAGUAAUCGAAAGAAAGAAAGAGAAAAUCGGAUCGAAGUUGUUGGCAAAAUGCCCGCAAGAGAUGUACAUGAUGUACGAUCACAUUCGAAGUCUCGAAUUCGAUUCGAAACCGAAUUAUCCGAUGUUGAGGAGGCAACUUGAUAGGGUGGGUUACUAG